UCACUACCUGCAUGGGGCACCGUUCACGGUGCGUAUGGACAACUCUGUUGUCCAGACUUUUCUGACAAAACCGAAGCUCACUCCUCGACAGGCUCGCUGGUGGCGCGACCUAUCCGAGUUUAGUUUCACCACUGAGCACAUCAAGGGUGAGACUAACCUGGUCGCAGAUGCCUUAUCCCGGCGCCCUGACCACGAUCAGGAGCAGAUCCAGCUCUCUUCCAUCUCGGUCACCACCGUCCACCACUCAGUGAUCGAUGAGUUUCGCACUCAGUACCGCCACUGCCCCGACUAUCGCGACAUCCACGCGCCCUUUCGGAGUGGCAAGACCGUCCCGAACUCCUCUCUCGGGGACAACGGUCUCGUGUACUGGCACGGUUCACAGGGCACCAGAGAGCCCCAUAUUUGCGUUCCCUCCACUGGACAGCUACGUGUCCGAGCAGUAGCAGAGUUCCAUGACCAGGCAGCCGCCGGUCAUAUGGGCUUCCACAAGACGUUGGCUCGUGUGAGCCGCCUAUACGUCUGGCCGAAGCGCAAGGACUUUGUGAAGGACUACGUCGCAGAGUGUCCCACUUGUCAGGAGGUGAACAGUGCGAACCACCUGCCUUAUGGUUUGCUCCAGCCUCUUCCUAUCCCUGAGGGUCGUUGGCAGUCCAUCUCGAUGGACUUUAUCGGUCCUCUUCGACCUCCGACCCCCCGCSGUCAUGAUACUAUCCUGGUCGUCGUCGACCGCUUCACGAAGCGUGCACGCUUUGUUCCAUGCCGCUAUGCUAUCAGUGCACGAGAGGUCGCCGACAUCGUACUUGACCGAGUCGUGCGUGACCACGGCUUACCUCUCAGCAUCAUAUUUGACCGUGACCCGCGCUUUACCAGCCGAUUCUGGCGACGGCUCCACGAGGUAUACGGCACUCAGCUCCGCUUCUCCUCGUCUUACCAUCCUCAGACUGAUGGUCAGACCGAGAUCACGAACAGGACUCUCGGAGAUAUUCUCCGAAAGAUUGUUCGUGACGACCAACAGUGGGACCUCCAUCUUGCCCAUGCGGAGAUAGCCUACAACCACGCCAUCUCGCCAGCCACGGGGAUGUCGCCUUACUAUUGCGACCUCGGCUAUCACCCUCGUUAUCCUGCGGACUUCCUUCGACCGUCACAAAUGCACCCCAACAUGAAUUGUCCCGCACUGGAUGAUUGGGUUGCACACAUGACGUCGAUCAUGAAGACCGCACAUGAGCACAUACUCGCUUCCCAGACUCGCAUGGCAGCACGUGCGAACCGAUCGAGGAUGGACCACUCAUUCAAAGUCGGCGAUGACGUGCUUAUCGACGCCCGCCACUUACAGCUCGAAGCGGACACGCUUCGCAAGUUCCGGCGUCUCUUCCUUGGCCCAUGCCGCAUCCUCCAGGCCGUCGGUUCUGACACGGCAUCUAGCCCGGUCAACUUCCGUGUGAAGCUGCCCGACUACCUACGCCAGACUCGUGUGCACGAUGUCUACCACGUCUCGUUACUGCGUGAAACAAUAUCGAUUGGUCCCGAAGCCUUGCCACUUGUACCGGCGAUUGAUCCCGAUCCCACUGUCGGGUUCGACUCGACAUGUUCGACUCAACGAACGCAAUCGACGAUCGUGUUCGACUCGACUAUCGUGUACGACUCGACGAUCGUAUCCGACUCGACGAUCGUGUUCGACUCGACGAUCGUUGUUCGACUCGACUAUCGUGUUCGACUAUUUGAUAGUGUUCGACUCCUCGAUAGUGUUCGACUCGACGAUCGGUCACUGUCAUGUUCGACUCGACGAUCGGUCACUGUCGUGUUCGACUCAACGAUCGGGCAGUGUCGUGUUCGACUCAACUAUCUUGUUGGACUCAACGAUCGUAGUGUCGUGUUCGACUCAACUAUCGUGUUCGACGAGACGACCGGGCAGUAUCGUGUUCGACUCGACGAUUGGGCAGUGUCUUGUUCGACUCAACUAUCGUCUUCGACUCGACGAUCAGGCAGUGUCGUGUUCGACUCGACUAUCGUGUUCGACUCGACGAUCGGGCAGUAUCGUGUUCGACCCGACGAUCGUGUUCGAGUCGACGAUCGGGCACGAUCGUGUUCGACUCGACGAUCGUGUUUGACUCGACGAGCGUGUUCGACUCGACAAGCAGACAUCGGGCGCGAUCGUGUUCGACUCGAUUGUCGGGCACUGUCGUGUUCGACUCGACGAUCGGGCACGAUCGUGUUCGACACGACGAUCGGACACGAUCGUGUUUGACUCGACGAUCGGGCGCGAUAGUGUUCGACUCGACGAUCUGGCACGAUCGUGUUCGACUCGACGACUGGAAGUGCCACGUGGCUUUACGUG